AUGGAUAAGUCACAGGCAUUGGCUGCAACAUUGUUGCUUGUCAUGGUGGUGUCCCUAGCCGCACUAGAGGGUGUUCAUGGCAUCUGUGGCAUGUCGAAUGAUGAAUUCAAGCUUUUCCAGCCUGCGGCGGCAGUGAAUAACCCAAAAGACAGUCCGUCGGCUGAAUGUUGUGAUGCGCUUGGGAUGGCCAACCUAUCAUGCAUCUGUCGCUACAAUGGCAUCGCCGGCAUAUGGCUGAGAAUGUACCACAUCGAUGCAAACCGCGCCAUGGCGCUGCCCGGCAAGUGCAGUCUCACCAUGCCGAACAACUGCUCGUGA